GCGUUGCGUGGUACGUUUGAAAAGAUUCAAUAAUAACAUAAGUUACACACUGAAAUAGGACGACUUAUGGUUUUAAAUAACUGGUUGAAUAAUUGCUUAGAUCCAUAACCGCUUUUUGGCAGUGGCAGUUAGUUAUAAACUAAUUGAACUAAAAAUUUGUGUGCGUUUCUUCACGGAAUGUACUCCAACGGCAGUCCCUGCCAAGUGUUCGAGUUGCUCAUUAGUUUUGGUUGUAUUACGUUAUUGUUCUAUUUUAUUACUUGCUUUUGUUCUUCAGAGUUCAUUUUAUGUAUCCACAGUAUGUAUUUUAUCCACGGGGUUUUAUUAUGGCUUUACUUACGCUGCCAUCAGUAUUCCUCCACUACACUUAGUACUUCCAGAGUAGAAGCAAAUCGGAUUUCGCACUUCAUUUUGAAGGUAAAGUGCAUCACCUCCAAGGCCAUGAUAACGUUCUUGAAACCAUAUGUCCCAUUCAAUCCACCGUACAUACACUUCCAAUGCUUUUAGAAGCGCUUUUGUAUCAUUUGGUAAUUGAAUUGAAUUAAGUCAGUGUCUGAUAUGUAUGGAGCUGAUGGAUUACAUUUUAUGGAAUGUUCUUCGUUGUUCACAUUCGUAUGACAAUAAGCCAGUAGUAUUCUCUCCAACACCGAAUAUCAUGUUCCAUACGUUAAGUACAAGUCAAUGAUAUCAUCCUUUUUAGUAAUCUUCGACAUGACGGUCGUUCUCAUUCAUGGCUUCAAACACUUCUAACAUCCAUUAAAUGUCCAUUAAUUUUUUAUCCAAUGAUCCAUCCUUGAGUGGCAUCACUUGGGAAAUGACUCCCUGGUAUUUUCACUAGGGUCACUAAAAGUUUAUGAAAGCGACGUAUUAAGGUGCUUUUCUGUCUGGUAAAAUAGCAUUUGCAACUCUUAGUUUAUCCAUAUUCUGAUGUUUUUACAAAAUGAAAACCAAAAAUUAGUAUAUCAGAGCAUUAAAACGGAAAUGGUAACUUAAUUCACUAUUACUAUAAGUCACUGUGCUUACCCUCUUCUGUAUAUUUGUAGUUGGUUCCCCAAAAAAUUAUUCUCUGUUCUCACAAGAGGUCUCACGGUUAAAGACAUUGUUUUUGACUGCUACUUCCAAAUAAUCGUUUAUUUGACUUCUCAAAGUCUAAUUCCUUUAUUUUGUUAUCUCUCCUGGACUAGAAUUUUUUUGACUAAUCGAUCAGGUUUACGGCAGACAGAUUUUCGAGUGAAAUCCAUCCAUCUAUUUGGCUAAGUAACAUCUUUUCAUAAUAGCUGAUAUCAUUUGGAGCUUCUCAAGACCACUUCUGUAUACCUCUAGAGUCGUCAUUAUAUUGUAGCCAUCAUUUCAUUCGUAAGUACGGAAUGAGCGGAAAGCGACUGAUAGUAUCUUAGCAGAAUAAGAAAUAUUACUGAGUCAAACUCUACAUCCGUAGUUUGAAUAGUUCAGACCCCAGUGACCCAUGCCUCCGGGUUUUGGAUUCUCUGCUAGCCUUUAUCUUUAACCCUCACGGAAAAAUCCAGACACUCUGUACACCGCGAAUACACUGUAGCUACAUACCCUGAAUCAUUAGUUGCAUAAUAAAUUAUUUCUUCUCGUGGAAGUAAGUCUUCCCUUCAUCAUGAGCAAACGUAGUUACUCUCUCGAGCUCAUCGGGAGUUCCUUACUGGUUUACAAUUCGGAUUUUAAAAUGUAAUCAAAUCCACGUUUUUAAGUCUGUUGUUGACUUGGAAUCUCGACGCGAUUGAUAUGUAUCGGAAGAGUAAUUUUCCCCCCCAACAUUGUUUUAUCUGCCAGGUUAUUUUCAUCCGGAUGCCAAUAUUCUGUCAUUUCAAGGGUUUCUUACGCUAAUAAAUGUCAUCGACAUCUCAAGGACCAAAUCUCGGUUUAGCUGCCAAACUGGUUGGGCGGAGCGUAUAUUCAGGUGGAGAUUUCGUCAACUGUGAAAUAACUUUUCCCGGGAAUUCGGAUAUAGUUAAAGAAGAAUAUAAAUGGUCACUUACUGGUAUUGUUGGCUGUAUCAUUGGUCAAUGUAAGUUGGACAAUAAGCAACUAACUACACAGAACCAGGCGUCCCCAAAAUCACUGUCAUUUAGUACUUCUGAGUGGAAAUAUAAUUGUGAACUAAACUUCGAUGCUGAAUCAUUAUUCAUUUCUACAUUGGAGUCAAAAAGUCAGUUAAUAUGUAUCAUCCCAAUGCAUGUGAAAUUUAUUCCAGAUAAUAGUCUCAAAGGACCUGUCAAUUUGUGUGCUUAUCUACCGUACAAUCUUUCACCUAGUAUUCGUGGCACGUUAUUUAAGUUCGCGUACAAGGUGGUUGUGGCAGUUCAAGUAAAAUAUCUGAACUCAGAUAUCAAGACACAUACUAUUCAGUUGCCUCUUCGUGUUUUACCUUCUUCAAUAAUGUAUCACAGUUUAAGACUUCAAGAAUGUAAUGGCAAGAAAGAAACAUACUCUCCCGAACUGUCAAAUCCGUUUUGGAUUCCAGAUACCAGAGAUAAAGACUCUUGUUUUAAUUUUGGCUUUGAUGGAGGCUUUUCCUUGCAAUCACAACAAGUCAACAGUUUUUUGUUUGAAGAUACGGAAACACAUACUAAUAAAUCGGUCGGUCAAAUAUAUUCCUCUUUGUCUCAUAAUGUUUCCCAGUGUGGAAACUCGAAUUGCUCAGAUCAUUCUCCAGAAAAAUCAAACGAAGUUUAUAUCUAUCCCAGUUCACAUAUGGAAUUAAUGAAUCUGUUAGCAUGUUCACCACCCGCUAACUUCGUGAUUUCUACUCCACGUGGUUAUGUUGGACGGUUAUCUUUCCAACGUACGUUAUACUGCUUAGGUGAUAUGGUACGGGGUUAUUUUGACUUUAAUGAAGCUGUUGUUAAAUGUCUUAGUUGUGUAAUACGACUUGAAAGUGAGGAAAGAUUUAUGCUUCACCAUGAAAAUCCUUUCCUCCUGCCAAACUGUAGAAUUAAAAGUAGAAGGAAUGAGGUUCAGAAUUGUUCUAUGGGAUGUCUACCUUUAACCAAAAUUGGUCAACCUUUAUGUACAAAUUUUCAACCUUUAGGCUCUACACAGCAUACUACAUGGACAGAUAUAAAAUUAUAUUGUACAUCUAAACUGUUAUUACCUUUUACAUUGCCUAUUCCAACAAAUAUAACGCCACAAUUUCAUUCUGUUAGUUUAACUAGUCCAUUUAUUUCCUUAGAUUAUCGAUGGCGUUUACACUUAGAGCUUGAUUUAAUAUCUGAUAGUAGUAAAAAUGAUUUGUUAGAUCAUUUUCAAGGUAAAUCAUGUGUAAAAAGAGCCUACGGUACGGUAUGGACAAUUCCACUUAAGUUAAAAACUGAAAAAUUUGUGUGGGAUAUACCAAUCCAGUUAGUACAUUCAAAUCCUUCUGUGAUAGAUAAUUUAAGUGAUUCACUGAAAUAUCCCGUUUGUAUAUCAGAUAUUUGACAUUUUUUCUUUAUAUAUAUAUUUAUAUUUUGACUUUUAUAGGUUUAUUUUUUAAAACUUUUACUUAUUAAAAAUGUAAUAUUUUGCGAAUAUGUAUAUGCUAUUUGUAUAGUAUCUCAAAUACUUCUAUAUCCUACCUAGUAUAAAUUGUUCUUAUGGGUGCAUAGCUGUAAUUUAUUUUGUUUAUAUAAAGUGAUAAAUUUGUCCAUUAAUACUAAUAAUUAUUUUUUUAAAAAUACACAAAUAUAUCUUUCUUUACUCUU